AUGAUGGCGAACCUAGCCAACUCUGUGUGCUUGAAGCACUCCGUUUCUCUCUGGUUCCCUCAUCAAUCCCCAGCAGCUCACCGCUCUUCUUCAAUCGGAUUCAGAACCUUCCGCAGAAGCUACGUCGUUUCGUCUUCAUCUUUCUCCAAUGAGAACCGGGAGUUUGUGAUUGUUGGUGGUGGCAAUGCGGCUGGCUAUGCGGCAAGGACUUUCGUCGAACACGGAAUGGCUGAUGGACGCCUUGCGAUCGUAUCCAAAGAGGCCCAUGCUCCUUAUGAGCGUCCAGCCCUGACAAAAGGAUAUUUGUUCCCUUUAGAUAAGAAGCCAGCACGAUUACCUGGGUUUCAUACUUGUGUUGGAUCUGGUGGGGAGAGGCAAACACCUGACUGGUAUAAAGAAAAUGGGAUAGAGAUGUUCUAUGAAGAUCCGGUUUCAAAUAUUGAUAUCGAAAAACAGACCCUGACUACAAAUUCUGGCAAACUGCUUAAGUAUGGAUCACUGAUAGUCGCCACAGGAUGUACAGCCUCAAGGUUACCGGAGAAAAUUGGAGGAAACCUACCUGGUGUUCAUUAUAUCCGGGAUAUUGCAGAUGCUGAUGCACUAAUAUCUUCACUGGAGAAAGCAAAAAAGGUGGUUGUUGUUGGUGGUGGUUAUAUUGGUAUGGAGGUUGCUGCAGCUGCUAUUGGUUGGAACCUUGAUACAACUGGUGCCUCAAUUAAAAAUUUAGAAGCUGGUGUUGAUGGACGUGUAACAUAUGUUAAGCUUGACGAUGGAUCUACUUUAGAAGCAGACACAGUAAUUAUUGGUAUUGGCGCAAAACCUGCUGUCAGUCCUUUUGAAAGGGUGGGCUUGGAGUCCAGUGUUGGUGGUAUACAGGUUGAUGGUUUGUUCCGGACGCGUGUACCUGGAAUCUUUGCAGUGGGAGAUGUUGCAGCAUUCCCAUUGAAGAUGUAUGACCGUAUAGCGCGAGUUGAACAUGUAGAUCAUGCUCGUCGUUCUGCACAGCAUUGCGUUAAAGCUUUACUGAGUGCACAAACUGACACAUAUGAUUAUCUCCCAUCUUUCUACUCGAGGGUAUUUGAGUAUGAAGGAAGCCCCAGGAAAAUAUGGUGGCAAUUUUUUGGGGACAACGUUGGAGAGACGAUUGAAGUUGGUAAUUUUGAUCCCAAGAUUGCUACUUUCUGGAUAGAUUCUGGUAAAUUGAAGGGUGUUCUUCUUGAGAGCGGAAGUCCUGAGGAAUUUCAACUCCUUCCGAAACUUGCAAGGAGCCAGCCUAUUGUUGAUAAAGCCAAGCUUCAGAACGCAUCUUCAGUUGAGGAAGCACUAGAGAUUGCCGGGUCAUCGAAAGCUGCAGUAUAG